ACUCAAAACAUGAGCACAAUGGCAGCUCUUCCUUUAAAGACCUCCAGGCCUCAAGAGGGCAGAUAACCCAAAAAACACAGGUGGAACUAAAAAAUUGAGCCAGGAUUUCUGGAGGGACUACUUUUACAUGCGCACCUGUCAGAUAAGCAUGGGUAUAAAAUGUUUGGUCCUCAACAUACACACAGCUCAUUGUUCAACCCUAAAGACGCAACUGGUAUGUAAUGUUUGGAAUUAUUUAUUAUGUUGCAUCCAGUGCUUAGCAAUUUACAUGUUUAACUCUGGUAGGAAUUUUGACUUUUGUUGUGGAUAUUUUCUGACCUCAGAAGUAAUUGCUAGAAGUGCUAGAUUAAAUUGUUUAAACGUUUACUUUAUUCAAAGCCAUGCUUUGUUGCUGUGUCAUGCAUUGUUUAGUGUAAAAUAAUGCAUGUUUAUUCUCUGUUUGUUUAAGGUUAUCAACCUAUUCCUAGUGCUAUUCCUAGUGCUAGUGCUAUUCCUAUUGCUAUUGCUAUUCCUAUUCCCUAUUCCUCUGUGAUUCAACUACUCUAUUCAACAAAUCAACUAUUUCAACAUAUUCAACAAAUGGCAUCAAAACCAUAAUAAAACACUGGAAAGGAAUUGAGUUGUCCCUUUGCAUCCUUCACGGGUUGAGCAAGCCGUUUUCAAGUUUGGGCAGAGCUGAAAAUAAUUAUAACACCUAGACAACUUGACAGUUGAUAACCACGCGUGGCAGUGAAGACGAAAGGAUUAACGGCCUGAAGUCAGGAAAGCUGUCGUCGCAGAGAGGAGUAUUGGCUUACAUCUCAAAAUGGCGGCGGAGACUCUUGGGAAAACCGUGAAGGAGCUGAAGCAAGAAAGAACUUUGGCUAAGAGUGCUUUUACCAAGCAAGCAAACUUCCUUAGCAGAGGUGCAAAACACAUGACUAAGAGCGAACUGCGAGAGGAGUUCAAGAAGCUCACGUCGGAGGCAAGGAAGGUCAGUGAGACAAAUGAUGAAUACAGGGCUGGACUUCUGGCAGACAUUGAAGCUGAAACCGAUGAGGGUGAAGAAGCUGACCUGAGCAAGCAGCAGCAGACUGAACUUGAGAAGACAUUCCAAGAAUGCGAAGUACGAUUGGAUGAGGUCAGGGGGAUGAUCCAGUCCAACCUAUGGCCUAGAUACGGGGAGGACGAGGUGAAGUCUGCAAUCAAAGAAGCUGAGACCGCCUGUGAUGGAGUUGCUCAAAUACCUGUUAUGGCUGUAAAUAGAGAUGGCUUCGAGCUACGGUGGGAUGGUGCGAAGGCACAAGUCCAAGAUGCAAUCACAAGCCUAGCAGAGUGGGAGAUGUGGAUUCCAGUAGCAGAAAAAGAACGGCUGGAAGCCAGAGUAAAGGAUCUGAAAGCAUUCAGAAACAACCUUGAAGCAAGGAGGGCAGGAUUUCUCACAGCGCAAAGAAUUGCGGAAGAGGAUAAAGACAGAGGGAGAGUGCUGCAGAUGCCCAUGCCAGCUCCACAGCCGACACUGAGAAUAAAACCAACCUGUUUACCCAAGUUCAGUGGGUAUAAAAGGAAUUUCCAUCGAUGGAGGAGAGACUGGGAGAGUCUACAGAAGCAGGGGGAACCAACAGGCUCAGUCGAAGUAAAGAAAAUCCAACUCAUUGACAGUGUAGAUGAGAGAAUGUGCAGAGACCUCCAUUUGUCUACUUACAAUACUGCUGAGGACAUGUUCAGGGUGCUUGAGAACAGGUAUGGAAACAAGUCUACAAUUGCCUUGGAGAUAAUUGAGGAUCUGGAGAAAAUUCCUGCUUUAAGAGCAAAUCAGCCAAGGAAAGUUAUCGACAUGAUCCAAACUAUAGAGAAGGCACUGGAUGAUCUCACAGAGCUUGGAGGCACAGGAGCCAUCAACAACCCUCUAGUGAUUAGAUCCAUAGAAAGCAAGUUACCUGACAACAUCAAGCGGGAUUGGCUUGUCUUCAUGGUUAACCCGAGGAAUAAUGUCACGCCGGACAAUCACUUUGAAAACCUUCUUAAAUUCCUGAAAACACAGGAGGAAAUUCUUGAAAAAUUAGAGCAGCUGGGAGUGAGUGAAAAGCCAGAAAAUAAAUAUGCUUGUGUGGAGAGAAGAUAUGCGUCCACACGUUCCACAAGGAAAGGCGGCUGUGUUGUCUGUGGAGAUGAAAAGCAUAGAGAAAAGAUCUUCUUUUGCAAGCGUUUCAAAGAACUGAAGCCGGUGGAAAAGUUGGAUGCUGUAGAAAAGCUGGGGGCCUGCAAGAGGUGCUUGGUCUGUCAUGGAGAAGAUGAUGAAUGCAAAGACACUUACCUGUGCAGGAAAAGAGACUGUAAGAAAGACCAUCAUUUCUUUCUUUGUCUGAAGGGAGAUUUCAAGAGAAGUGACUCAGACAGAAGACAAUCCAAUGUGAGAAGGUAUACGCUUACAGAGGAGCAGGAGGAAUUGGUGUCUAAGCUCUCCCCAGAGAUGGCAGAGAAAUUCAAGAAAGCAUUCACCAACGCCACUGCGAAAACAAACUGUGUCAAAAAUAAUCAGCUGGGAGUGACUGAGUCAAGUGCAGUAGAAGAAUUGCCAGUUAUUCUAAUGCUGCUCAAGGUAACUGCCAAUGCAGGACAAAGAAUUGGAACCCUGAUCGACUUGGCAUCGGACACAAACUACAUCACUCACAGAGCUGCCAGAAGAUUAAAUCUUCGAAGUGAAAACAUCACUUUAGUCGUUCAUGGAGUCGGAGGAAUGGCCAUGAAGGUUAGAACCAGAAGAUAUCUCCUCAGAGUGAGGGUCAAAACGCCCAUAGGCACGGAAAGAGCUCAUGAGCUUAUCUGCUAUGGUUUGAAUGAAAUUGCCAACGUCCACAGAGUCAUCAAACCUGAGCAACUCAAGAAGUUCUUCCCAGAAGUCAAUCUAGGAGAUCUGAGUAGACCGGAGAGUAUUGAGCUACUGAUAAGCCACCGCGAAGGAAGACUUGCUCCGCAAAGAGUGAAGGUGAUUGGAGACCUUGUCUUGUGGGAAGGUCCGCUAGGAAAGAUUGUUGGUGGAGCACAUCCAGAUCUGUUUGAAGAAGUGGAUAUAGCCGCACACAGGUCUGAAACACACUUUGCUCGAUCCAUGAAAGCAACUGCUGUCAAGUAUCAAGAGAUAGCUAAGCUGUUCACAGCUGAAACCAAAGGAACAGUUGCUCACAGAGAGUUCUUGGAUUGGUGGAAGUGGGACAGCAUUGGAGCAGCUUGCGACCCAAAGUGUGGAGGAUGCCGGUGCGGCAACUGUCAACCAGGAGGCAAAGAAAUGACUCUGAGUGAGGAAAGAGAGCUGGAGAUCAUAAGGAAAGGCCUCACCUACAUCAAAGCAGAUGCUCACAGUGAUGAACCCCACUGGGACACAAAAUACCCCUGGAUUCAAGAUCCAAGUUCCCUUCCUGACAACAGGAUUGGGGUGGAAGCCACCUUCUUGAGAACAGAAAAGCAACUCAAAAAAGAGCCAGAGUGGAGAAUAGCAUACACAGCUCAAGUCCAUGAAAUGGUCGAGAGAAGAGCAGCGAAGAAACUCACCAAAGAGCUCAUUGCCAGCUGGAAGGGGCCAGUAUGGUAUGUCAGCCACUUGGUGGCAGCAAACCCGCACUCUCUCACAACACCUGUGAGACUGGUAUGGAACAGCAGCCAGAAGUUUAGAGGGGUCAGCAUGAAUGACCUUCUGCUGAAAGGGCCUGAUGUCCUCAAUCCCAUCCGAGCAGUACUACUCAGGUUCAGGAGAGGCGUCAAUGCUGCCCUCGGCGACAUUAAGAAAAUGUACAAUUCUGUGUGGUUGGAAGACCUGGAGAUGCACCUCCACAGAUUUCUCUGGAGAGACACUGAGGAGGAAGAGAUUGAAGAGUAUGCGAUCACCAGAGUCAACAUUGGCGAUCGACCAGCAGGGUGCAUUGCGCAAUUGGCUAUGAGAGAGACAAGCAAACUGCCCAUGUUUGCUCACCUGGAGGAGGAACGUAGGAUCCUUGAAGAGGAUACCUAUGUCGAUGACAUACUGACUUCCCAUAAUGACUUGCAAAAGCUGGACCAGAACACCAAAAGUGUUGAAGAGAUCCUGAAGGCAGGCGGCUUCGUCCUCAAGCCCUGGGUCCGGUCAGAUCAAAGUGGGAGGCAGGAGAUCGUACCAGGAGAACAAGGAGCGCAGUCAAGCACAGCACUCAUUCUCCCAAACCAAAUGAGGGAAGGAUACAAUAAAGCCCUUGGAGUCGGAUACCUUGUUGAGGAGGAUAGACUGUACCUCAUGACUUCAAUCAAUUUCUCAAAGAGGAAAGGGAAAAUGAGAGUCGGCCAAAAUCUCCUUGAUGAAGAGGUGAGAGGGAAAACUCCAAACCCACUGACGAGAAGAGAACUGCUGAGCCAGGUAGCUAGCCUGUAUGACCCAAUAGGCCUCGUCACAGCUGCCAAACAAAAGGGCGCCAUUCUUGUCAGAAAGGCGUUUCAGGAAGCUGGAGGCAAAACUCUGACCCGAGACACUUGGGAAAAACCUUUGUCUGAAAAUUUGAGGGAAGAAGCCAUCCAAUUCUUUGAGGAAUACACACGUCUUGGCCAAAUCACCUUUCACAGAAGCCUCACACCAGCCAACUGGAUUGGAAAACCAUGGGGAAUAACAUUCUCUGAUGGAAGUGACAAGAGCUAUGGAGCCGUAGUGUACUUAAGAUGGGAGACCCAGCAAGGCAUCAAAGUCAGACUGGUUGAAUCCAAAGCAAAGCUCACACCAUUGGACCAAAAGGGAGAACCAGUAAAAGCUGAAAUCUGCGGUGCUGUCUAUGCAGCACGACUUCGAAAAGUUGGAGAGAUCCAGAAAUCCACAUCCAUAGAAGACUGGUGGUGGAUCCCAGGAAGCCUGAACAGUGCUGACAUCAUAACAAGAGGGGCAGCCCCAGAAGACCUCCAGGAAGAUUCCAUGUGGCAGGAUGGACCAGCAUUCCUGAGGAAACCUGUGAAAGAGUGGCCACAUAAGUCAGCCAAAGAAAUCGCUGCGUAUGGCAAGGAAGGUAUAAACAAACUUCGAAGGAAAGCUUUCUCAGCAGCACUGACCAGAGCGCAGGUCAAGAGAAACCAGAGUGAUACACAGCAAAAUAAAUCAGAUGAACCUAAGACUCGGAUCCGAAGAUCACCAGCCGGCUCUGCGGUAACAAAACUGAUUGACAUCAGGAAAUUCAGCAAUCUGACCAGGCUGAUCCGAGUCAUUGCCUGGGUUUGGAGAGCCGCAACGAGAUGGAAAGAAAUAUUGACCAAGAAUUCAGCCUCAGAUAAACCAAAGUGGGAGGACGCUCUUUCAACAAACUGGAGGUACAGAGCCAAACAAGCUGUACUCACUGUCGGGGAGUGUGAGGAUGCACUAAGAGACUGGUUCCUUGCAGCUCAAGAAGGUAUAACCUUUCAAGAUGCCACUCUCAACAGACUCGCUGUUUACAGAGAUAAAGAGACUGGGCUCUUAGUUUGUGGAGGAAGGUUCCAGAUCUUUGAUGAGGACGAAACUGCCGUACCAAUUCUACCAUAUGAGGCAUGGAUAUCCACUCUCCUAGCUCAAGAGGCCCAUGGUGCAAAUCAUGAAGAAAUAGCAGGCACACUCCUCCGGAUGAGGAAGAAAGCCUGGGUGAUAAAAGGCCGGAAGCUGGCUAAAAAGAGAGUUGACAAUUGUGUGGUGUGCAGAAAGGCCAGGGCCAGAAAGUGCCAACAGAUCAUGAGUGACCUUCCAUCCGAGCGGAUAACACCAGCCAGACCAUUUGAGUACACAACAGUGGACUUAUUUGGACCGUAUGAAGUCAAGGACGAGGUGAAAAAGAAAACCAAGCUCAAGGUAAAUCUGAGCUUGAAAAUGAAGCUUCCAAGCAUGGGACAGAAUGGAGCUGGAAAAUCCACCCAGCAGACUCCCCUCACAGGAAUGGAGCUGCAGAAGCAGCUGUUCGUACUGUGA